GUAUGCGAAAUGCAGUGAAUUUUGUCUUCAUCGAUGAUGAUGACGAAGAAGAGGAUGGAUGUACCGAUGGCAUCGAAGAGGUCUUCAGCUUUGAUUUGGAGAAAGUGGCUGAGGCCUUGCGCCGUGGUGCUGAUCAGGAUGAACUCAGUCACAUCAUUGAGGAAGCCAUGAUCCAAGAUCUUCCUCAACGAAUUGCAACUGGAUCCGGUGAGGCACGACAUGAAGAGACUUCAUCUACAGUGACUCCUCGCACAGGUGACCUCUCAGCACUGAUGACACCUCCAUGCGAAGCACCUGAGGAAGGUCCUGUUUCACCACAGUUUGGUGGAGGAGCUGUGAGCAGCACCGACUUGGCAGCAAGGCUUCAGAAAAUUGGAGGCGGAGCUUGCUCAAGUCGACGGCGCCGCUCCAGCAUUGCGCAGCAUCCCCAACUGAUGGAGGCGGUGAGCACAGCGCAAUCUCGGCAUCGACAGAGUCUGGCAAAGGCGAGACAUGGCGAGACAUGGCGAGACACAUUUGGCAAUGCCGAACGAAUCUUCACAAAAU